GCGUCUUGUUUUAUCGUGUUUAUACACCAUUUGCUAGCAUUUUCGGAGCCCCCCCUCUCUCCCUCGGUCGACGUCUCGAGGAGGGGCAGCGCCCUGCUGGUGCUUAUUACUGGAGAGGACGCACCACAAAUCAGGGAGUCGAGUCCGAGACAGACAAGAGCAACCAUGUUCGAGGCGAGAGGAGUCCCCUUCGUCCUGCUGGACGUAGUCUGUCUGGUUAUAGGGGGUCUGCCUCUGGCAGCCUUUAACCUGGGUAAGAUCCGCCCCUACCAGAGGGGCUUUUUCUGUCACGACGAAAGCAUCCAGUACCCUUUCCACCGCGGCACCAUAAGCUCCACGGUGCUCUACACUGUGGGCUUCGCCCUGCCCAUUAGCUGCAUGAUCUUUGGCGAGUGCCUUUCCGUUUAUCUCAAGCGCAUCAAGUCCAAGUCGUCGUUCGGCAUCUACGUGUCCUGCGUGUACAAAGCCAUCGGCACCUUCCUGUUCGGUGCCGCCAUGAGCCAGUCUCUGACCGACAUCGCCAAGUACUCCAUCGGCCGCCUCAGGCCGCACUUCCUGGACGUGUGCAAACCGGACUGGAAACAAAUCAACUGCUCAUCGGGGGUGUACAUCAAAAACUUCACCUGCACCGGAGACCUGGAGAUGGCCAAUGAGGGCAGGCUCUCCUUCUACUCCGGCCACUCCUCUUUUUCCAUGUACUGCAUGCUGUUCCUGGUCCUCUACCUGCAGGCCCGACUCCAGGCGGAGUGGGCGCGGCUGUUGAGACCCACGAUUCAGUUCUUCCUGAUCGCGGCCUCCGUGUACACGGGACUGUCCCGGGUGUCCGACUAUAAGCACCACUGGAGCGACGUGCUGGCGGGACUCCUGCAGGGCGCCGUCAUGGCCGUCCUGGUGGUCUUCUGCGUGUCUGACUUUUUCAAGCCACGCGUAGUUGCCCAUAAAGAAGACGAGAUCCCACACACAACCCUGGAGGAGACGACCAAUCGAAACCACUUUGAGAGUCCCAACUAAGCUACGACGAGGAGGAGGAGGAGGAGGAUGAAGAGGAGCCCUCUCUGCUCUGCCCAUAUGCACACCCAGGAUCCCGGCUCUCUAGCCUUUCAUCUCACACACAUUCUCACCCGACGCCCUGCACGGACCUCAAAGUGAGCCGCUGAAUGUUCCUGCAUCGGGCCCGUUCCAAUUUUAAGACUUUAUUAUUUCCUCCAUCUUUUCUAAGACGGAAAGGGGUGUGGCUACCUGUCGGAGCCUCGUAGGCAUGCUUCAGCGCCUGAGAAGUAAGGUUAGGGGGGGAGAGACGGAAACCAUUCGGCAUGCAUCUAUCUACUGAGCUGGUGGGAGGACUUUACUGCUGCACGUGCCCACUAGAGGGUCUGACCACUGCUAGGAGAGAGGAGGAGGAGGAAGAGGAGGGUUGGAAACCUGUGAAUGUAGCCUUGCUUUGUGCUUUUAUUGACUUGGAGUCAGAUCGACUCUACGAUCUGUUGUAGGAUCAGUUUCUAGGUCGACUGCAGCGCCCCCAAGACAUCUCAAAUCAAUGCUGCCUCAGUGUUAAUUUUCGAGGCCAUUAAUACAGAAAUGUUUGAGGCGACAACGCGCCGGACACUAAAGCUGAUCCUAGACCAGAAGGCAACGGGGGAGCCGCUGACUCCGGGCCACCGCCGUCUCACUCUCCAGCCGUCUCGCCCAAUAUAGCCACCGGGACCCAAAGCUCCACCUGGAUCAUGUUUGGUGAGAGCGCUGAAGAGCAGGCGGUGAGAGCCCCGUGUUGCCUUUGAGGACCGCCGCUGCUAUCACAGCUCUGUGUAUCUGAGAACUAACGUAAACACAAGCCAACUGUACUUUUUUGUAUGAUCUGUGUAAAUAACAAAUCACCGGACAGACUUGUCAAACGUUGAAAACAAAAGCCAUGCCACUUAUUAUCAUGAACAGAAAGGAAGCGUGUUUGUAUCGUCACGACCGGAUAUAUCAACAUAUAUUAUGAACCACGUUGCUCAUUUAAUCACAAAAAGAUAAAAGCAUGAAUGUUCAGUGUAUUCUGACAACGUGAAUGCAUUCAGCUGAAUAAAAAACAUUUCUGUUCACGUC